CGUACACUGUGUUUGUGUGAACUUGCACCCCACAGCUUUAGUGAUGUCACUGAACAAUGUUAGGUGCUUAUUAUAAACCCCUGCUCCCUUUUAAAUAACCUGAUCUCUCAAACAACAGGUUUUACUCUGAAGAAUGGAAGAUUUCUACAAUAACAGCAGCUCACAGGACCAAAGCUCUGAUUACAGCCACAGUGAUUUUAAAAACAACUCCCAUCAGUACUACGACUUACCACUCACCAAGAAUGUGACAUACAUAAUCGUUGGUAUCGGCCUUCCUUUGACCCUCAUGGCCAUCUAUGCUCUUUAUUCUACAGUGAGAAGUGAUCAUGUUGCUCCGAUCUACGUCAUCAAUCUUCUCAUGUCUGACCUCCUUCAGCUCUGCUGCAUGAUUGUUCAUGUGACACAACCUCAGGAUGGGAAGAUAUCUCAAAUAUUCUAUUAUAUUUACUACUUUGGUUUAUUUACCAGUGUUUACUUCAUGGUCUGCGUCGCCCUGGAAAGGUAUUUGGUCAUGGCCCACCCGCUGUGGUACCGCUACAGACGAACCAUCAAGACCUCUGUGGUGUUCUGUGUCCUGGUCUGGGUCAUUACUCUUGUCUGUGGCGUCCUUUACUAUGUCUUUAAGGGUUAUGAAGUCACAAAAAUAAUUUUCCCUGUCUUCCUCCUCCUUCCCUUCCCAUUGUUAAUCUUCUUCCUGGUUGGGACCCUCAGAGCCCUGUCUGCUGCCAUGUCGGUCCCCUCUGAUGAAAAGCGACGCAUUGUGGGAAUUUUGGUUCUGGUGCUGCUUAUUUAUACACUGCUGUUCCUGCCCAACAUAAUUUUCUACUUGGUCAUAUAUGACAAGACCCUUGACAUCCUGUCUUUAAUCUUUGUUAGGUUCAGUCCUCUUGCAGACUUAGUCCUGUAUGUCUUCAUGAGGAAGGGGGCCAUAGACAAGCUUUUGGCUUCUGUGUGUUGCUGCAGAAUGGACAGAAAUGAAAUCAGCAGUCCAUCAGUAUGAAUGAUGACAACAUUUCCACAGUCAGCUUCAUGUAGGCAGAGAAAGAGGGAGAGAGAGAAAGGGGAGGAAACAGGAGGAGAAAUGUAGGCGAACAGAAAGGAUGGAGACAGAUCCUGUCAUCUAUUGAUACGAUUUCCAACACGCGUAGAUCACAGGAAGCACUGUUUGGACUGUGCUGUGGGAGAACUGGCUUCUGGGAAAUGUUUUGAUGAACUUGCUCUGGUUCACUGUGAUGGCUUCAACACAUGUAAAUAAAAUGUUUUUAUUAGUUUGUAAAUGUAAGUUGAUGUCUAUCAAUAUUCUCUUUUAAUCACAGAAGCAAAGCAGAUAUUAUUUUGUAUUAACUGAGCUCUUUAUAGCCGCCUCGUUGUCUUAUUCCUAAAUCUUUGAUCUGUUUGUUGUAUGUUUAACACAGGGAGAGCAUGUCAACACGUCUUUAGGACUUUUAUACAUUUUACUUUUCCUACCCCAAACUGUAUUUUUUUCAAAUAAUUUAUUUCAAGUUUUUUUUAUUUUUUUUUUAUUGUUUUGAUGGUAGACAUGCUAGGAUGUGAUUUAAAGCAGGAAUUUUGCAAAAGCUGUUGGCAAUAUGAAUAACAUCUUAAACCACAGUAUGUCAGUUUAUGAGAUUGUACAUUUUCUAGAAAUCCAAUAAAAACAAUUUCUAGACAAAA